GUGGGUUGCACUACCAUGAAGGUCUACGUGUACGGGCAGAUACACAAUCCAAGCCUUCGUGGGCAAGCAAUCGGCCACGCCAUCGCGGAACGUUCGUCAGACACGUGCCAGCCACGGCGUCUCAGCUUUCGACACGUCGUCUCCCACGUGAGACGUCGUCUCCUAUAUAAGGAUCUUUGCACCGCCUUUGGCAUCUCUUGGAGACCAAGAAACAUCUGGAAACCACGAAGGAAGAGAUCGCGGGCCCUAAACCAAGAGGAAGCUCAACGGAUGGGGGUGAUGACGAUGGUGGAGUCCGAUAGGAGGAGUAGAGCACGCAGAGGGAGGAAUGGUUCUAGUUCUGUGGCAGAAACCAUUGCUUGGUGGAGGGAGCGUAAUAGGCAGCUCAAAUGUUCCGCAGACACCGAAAAGCGAGUUCGGAGACCACCUGCCAAAGGAUCAAAGAAAGGUUGCAUGCGAGGCAAAGGAGGGCCAGAGAAUCCUCACUGCAGAUAUCGUGGUGUAAGACAGCGCACCUGGGGCAAGUGGGUCGCUGAGAUCCGAGAACCAAACCGAGGUAGCCGCCUUUGGUUGGGAACUUUCCCCACUGCCAUCCAAGCCGCUCUCGCCUAUGAUGACGCUGCGAGAGCCAUGUAUGGAACCAUGGCUCGUCUCAAUCUGCCUGCUAUGAUGAGGGGGUCGUGUGGGUCGACUUCGACCUCGUAUAACUCAGAAGAUGUCGAUGCCUCCGUAUCGUGUGACUUUGGCAUCAAAACUCCAAGGGUUGAUGCUGGCUCUGAAACUGUGGAUGCACCUCGUACCUGGGCGGACAACAUCAAGCAUCCGAAGAUUGAACUGAAAGAAGAUGUGGCAUCUGAUAUGUGGCCAUCUUCAGCAGCUGAUGCUCCAGAGACUCAGUCGACUGAGGCGAGUGUGGAUCUUCUUCUUUGUCAAUCACCACGGGAGGAUGAAUUCUCCGUGGAAGAGAUGCUGAGAAUGAUGGGGACGGAUACAGACAAUGGUGCUCCCGAUCAGUUUGGUGCUGUUGCGGUGGACACAGGCUGGCAAUGCAUGAUUCCUGCAGACGUUGGGCUGGACUUGCAGAGUCCGGAUGGUACGGUGUUAGGGCCAUUAUGGGGCACGGAGCAAAAUCCUCCUUUGGAAUUCGAUUGUUGUGAUAGUCUCCAAAGGCCGUUGGGUGAUGAUUGGGAGUAUGGGCCUGGAGAAUUUGGAAUGCUCGACGCUGACAUCCUUUCGAGCCCCAUAAAUUGAUAUUUCAGUCAAAAGAUCGAUGGUUCUCGUCGUCGUUUGUUUGUUUUUUUCUUUUCUUUUCUUUUGAUGUCCAUGUAAUCUUCUUUCGUUUGUGUGUAAUGAUGUUUGUUUGUUUGUGUUUUUUUCUUUUGUAAUACAUGGUAUGAAAGUAAAGAAAGCCUUCUGUUUCGAUGA